CGUUACAAAGCAAGGUGCCUGCCCCUCUCAUUAUUACUCUUCUGCCUGCGACUGCGAAUCCAUCUGCGCUUAUUCGCUCAUCUAACGGACUCAGAGGAUGCGGUCUCCAGCCUGUGCGAUCUUUCUCGGCUACUUUGCGGCGCUUUGCUGCAAGGGAACCUUUGGCGUCCAUGUCUCGUCAGAUAACAGCAAUGUACAAGUGCAAGAGUUUGGAGAGGCUAUUCUUUCCUGCAAGUAUAAACUGGAGAAAGAUCAACCUGUGAGACUGGAAUGGAAGAAAGUGGUACCCAAUGGCGAUAUCUCCUUCAUCUAUUAUAAUAACACACUAGCAGCGGGUUUGCGGGGCCGAGCGGAGAUGAUCGAGUCCAGCAUCUGGUUUAAGAACACGACCAGAGCGGAUUCGGGGAAAUAUCGAUGUGAAGUUACUGCCCCUAAAGACAGCAAAUCAUUUCAGGAAAUUGUCAUUGAUUUGAAGGUUUUAGUGGCCCCUGGUGUCCCUGUGUGCGAUGUCCCUCCUUCAGCAAUGAGUGGUACUGCAGUGGAACUAAAAUGUCGAGAAAGCGAAGGAUUCCCAGCGUCGGAAUACCGAUGGUAUAAAAAUGGCAUCCUCCUGGCGGUAAACCCUGCUCCGAAUGCCAGGCUUACAAACUCAUCUUACACCGUCAAUUCUGCCUCAGGCACUUUGCAAUUCAACACAGUUGCAAAAUUGGAUACGGGGGAAUAUUAUUGUGAAGCCAGCAACGGCAUCGGCAAGUCUCAGAAAUGUGCUGUGAGGCGACUGCAAGUCGAUGACUUGAAUGUAGCUGGAAUCAUAGCAGGAGUGGUAGUUGUGGCGCUCGUCAUGUUAUUUUGCGGACUUGGUGUCUUCUAUGCUCAGAGAAAAGGAUAUUUCUCAAAAGGAAACACAUCUGGAAAGGAAGGUUCUCAGAAGACUGCGUCACAGAAGGAGAAUCAGGAAUUCAAGCACACAAAGUCAUUUGUCAUAUGAGAAGACAUUGUGAGGAGACGUACUGACCACUGCCUAAACGUUUCUCGUGGAUGGGACACAAUUGUGAAUAGUAUAGACUGGACUGGAAGAUUAUCUAUUUUUGCAUUAAAGACAAAAUCCAGAAGAAAAUGUUGCUUUAUGAGCUGCUGUUUUGCUUUAUAUCCAAUCUCUUGGACAGACCAUGUGUUUAUGAUCCAUCUGUACUGAACCACGUGGAGGCCCCAAAGGCAAUGGAUGUCCUGCCUGGAACCCACUGUGUUUCGCAGCUCACUUGUAUGUAUAUAAAGUGCUCAACGUUUAGGGCCAGGCAGACAAACCGGGAUUCAUUGAUAUGGACUAACUUCAGCCUGUACUUCAACUGGCAGAGCAUUGUUAUUGUAUCCAGUAACGGCCCAAGCCUUUGUAUGGAAUUGGCAGUGGCACAGCAGACACUUUGUGGCCUUAUCCUUGGGCAGAUAGAAGGCCCUGAAACUCAAAUAGUUCCGCGCAAUUGUAGCAAGUUUGGACAGUUGCAUUAGUGCUUCAGAAUCUGUUAUAUAGAUAUACCCUGUCUCAGAACAGAACGGAUUUGUGAAGGAAAACAAACAUGAAAAAUUGUUCAGGGGUCAUAACACUUUGGGCCCCAGCUAACUCCCAUCUAAGAGCCGGGGUCUCCAGCAUGAGACAGACGAUAUACUGGAAACAUUCUGGGACUUGUAGUUCUUUGGCUGAAACUAAAAGAGUUGAUAGUUUGUUAUUUCUCAUUUUGAAGCUAUUUAGAAACUGCUUUUACCUUAGAGCAGGGGUCCCCAACCUUUUUCACCCGUGAGCAACAUUCAGAUGUAAAAAGAGUUGGGGAGCAACAGAAGCAUGAAAAAUGUUCCUGGGUGGUG